AUGCCGAAGACACGAAACCAGACCGUGUCCACCGAGGAGGCCGAAAAGCCAGACCUAACUGAUGUUACUUCGGACGUUACACCCACCGAAACACCCAACACAGCCGACUCAAAUACUGAGAAGCAAGAGGAUGAUGCAGCUGGUAAGGCAAAGGACAGACUGCAAAGAUUUAAAGCACUUCAGGCAAGAGCGAAAUCUGCCAAUGAGCGCAAUCUGAAAGAAACUGCUGCGGAAACCCAGCGACUUGCUACGGAUCCGAAUUUGGCCACUUCACUUGCCCGCAAACAUGCCUUUGCCUCUCACAACCUCCUAAAAGCAGACACAGAAGCGGCUGGUGAAGAUUUCGAGCGCAAGCGAGCCUGGGACUGGACUGUUGACGAAUCUGAGAAGUGGGAUCGACGUAUGGACAAGAAACAGCGCCAUCGCGACAACGUCGCGUUCCAAGAUUACACACAAGACGCCAACAAGGUGUACAAGCGACAAAUGCGAGAACUUCCCGCGAACUUGGAGGCAUAUGAAAAGGAGAAACUGGCUGCAAUUGAGAAGGCCGCUGCCAAUGGCGACCUCGAGAUUGUGGAGACCGCCGACGGGGAAAUGAUCGCGGUUGAUAAGAAUGGCAGCUUCUAUUCCACCGCUGAUAGCGUGGGCUUCACCGAAAACAAACCAGAUCGCGCAGCCAUAGACCGACUUGUCGGCGAUAUCCACAAGGCCGAAGAAGUGCGCCUUAAGAAACGCAAGGAGCGUCGUGGUGAUGAUGAGGCCGAUGUGACGUACAUCAACGAAAAGAACAAGCAGUUCAACCAGAAGCUUGCCCGAUUCUACAACAAGUACACAACCGAGAUUCGGGACAGUUUCGAGCGAGGAACUAUGAUCUAA